CCACUGACAAAGAAGAACUGCUACUAAGGAAUACUGGGAGUACUGGUAUGUCUGGAAUACUGUCGCUUAUAUCAGCAGCUGACUCCACAAACCGAAUAAGGGUUUUAGGAAACAAAAUCCUAGCUUAAAGUAAAAGUAUUGUUAAGGCUUUCUAGAGGAGGAGUGACACCACCUCUCAUCUGCCUGUUUUUUUUUUAGCUUUGCUCAAAGGAAAAUGGCUUCUUUUCCAGCAGAGGAUUUUAGUUGUCCCAUCUGCAGUGGAUUUUUUAAAGAGCCCGUUCUCCUGUUGUGCAGCCACAGCUUCUGUAAAGUCUGUCUGCAGAGCUGGUGGAAAGGGAAGAAAAUCCGAGAGUGUCCAGUUUGUAGGGUAGAAUCUCAGUGGAGUGAUCCACCUCUUAACCUGGCGUUAAAAAACCUGUGUGAGGCUUUUUUACAAGAGAGAGUUCAGAUGGCUUCAUUACGAGGUGAGACGCUCUGCCAUCUGCACUCUGAGAAACUCAAACUAUUCUGUCUGGACCAUCAGCAGCCAGUGUGUAUCAUCUGUCGGGAUGCAAAAAUACACGUUGACCACAAGUUCAGACCCAUCAACGAAGCUGUACAGGAUCACAGAGAGGAGCUUGAGAAAUCCCUGAAGCCGUUACAGGAGAAGUUAAAUGCUUUUAAUGAAGUUAAAAUCAACUUUAAUCAGACAGCAGAACACAUUAAGGUCCAGACUCGACACACAGAGAGGCAGAUUAGGGAGCAGUUUAAGAAGCUUCACCGGUUUUUACAAGAGGAAGAGAAAGCCAGGAUUAAUGCUCUAAGGGAGGAAGAGGAGCAGAAGAGUCAGAUGAUGACAGAGAAGAUGGAGGCUCUGAGCAGAGAGAUAGCAGCUCUAUCGGACACAGUCAGAGCCACAGAGAAGCAGCUGAGUGCUGAGGCUGUGUCAUUUCUGCCCAACUACAAGGCUACAAUGAACAGUGUCCAACAGUGCCCCCUGCUGGAUGAGCCACAGCUGGGCUCAGGUGUAGGGAAACACCUGGGCAACCUGACCUUCAACAUCUGGAACAAGAUGAAGGACAUGGUCUCCUACACUCCUGUGAUUCUGGAUCCAAACACUGCCAAUUCAGAACUCAUCCUGUCUGAGGAUCUGACCAGUGUGAGACAUGGAAAGAGACGACAACACCUUCCUGAUAACCCAGAGAGGUUUGAGUACUGGGAUUCUGUCCUGGGCUCAGGCUUUCAGUCAGGGACUCACAGCUGGGAUGUCAAGAUUGGAGACAACAAAGAGUGGGAACUGGGGGUGUUAGCAGAGUCUGUCUCUAGGCAAGAAUUUGUGGGCUCUACAGCAUGGAGUGUACAAUGCACUGAUGUAGGAUACAGGGCAUACUCCCCAACAAAUAAAUACACUGCUCUCCCAGUCACAGAGAAGCUCAGCAAGAUCAGAGUCCAUCUGGACUGGAAAAAACAAGUGCUGUCCUUCUCUGAGCCAGACACAAACACACACAUACACACCUUCAUACACGCUUUCACUGAGAAACUGUACCCAUACCUCUGCACCAGGGAUGCACACGCUCUGAAAAUAUUGCCUGUAAAUGUCUUUGUAACCAUGGGGAGGUAG